AUGUUGGUGAUGCAGGAGCAGAUGUCUGACAUUGUUCAGCGGAUCUCUUCUUGCGAAGAGUCGCAACAAAAGGCGUUGGAAGAGGAUGCCCGCCUCAAGGGCGAUGUGGCAGCUGCGUUUGCUGCCGCCCAGGGUGCAGAUCGAAGUGAGGCAACGGAGGCACAGGCAGUAGCAGCACUGCGGUCGAGGCGACAUCAGAUUCAAUCAGCCCUUCAGCAAACAAAAGUCGAGAUUGCAUCUCAGAAGCGCUCAGCGGAGCAAGAUUGGUCACAGGUGAGCGGAUUGGAAGAGCUUCUGGAGGCUGGUCAAGUAAAGCUCAACCGCUGCACAGUGGAACUCCAGGCCUUGCAAAAGCUUCAGUCUGCCAAAACCUCUCCUUUGGCAAUAGGCGGAAGCCGAGAAAGCCAGACGUCGAGACUCAAAGAGCUAGUGGAGCAAAGGUAUGCCAAGGUAGGUGAAUUGGAUGCAGAGCAACAACGUCUCAAAGCAGAGGUCUUGGACUUGCGUGGAAUGAAGUAG